AUGGACGAAAACAGAAAUCUUCUACCUCUAGGCUGCAGCUGGAACGCGGAUCAUACAGGGAAUGAAUAUGGCUAUACAUGGGAUUCUUACGUCGGGCUCCCAGGGUUGUGGACAGCUUGCCGACACUCUUACGAUGCUGCAAAGAAGUUUCGGAAUUGGUCUUGCACGAAAUGCAGUUUCUGCAGUCAACAACUUGUUUGUAGGAGAGUGUUUGCUCCUCAAGACAGUGGUAUUUUCCAGGCUAUAGACACCAUUAGCGAUAUAUGCUGCAUCACGUCGGGCUCGUGGGAGUCCCUCAUACGACCCUGGAAGCCAAUCUUCUUCAGAACGAAAGAUGCCCGAGAUCGAAAACGAAUCAAGAAGCCUUUGAACAUCGGAAUCAAGUUCGACCCGGCUUGGAACGAAGAGCUGGACAAGGUGACCGAAGAGGUCAUGGAGGGUGUCACGGACCGUGUCUUUCUCCGUCAGUUCUCUCCUCGGCUGGUUUUCGUGAUCAGGUUGCUUUUUCAGCUUGCACCUGACGGCUACUAUAACGACUUCAAGCUUAUGUUAAUUGAUGACGUUUCAACAUACCAAUCCUAUGGUGUUGAACGUCAUGGUGGAUGUCGAGUUUUCGAUGGCGAUCAGGAGUACGUGGAGCUAAACCCAAUGCUCUCCGGUGGUACCCACGUUCCUGGCAGAAACAGUCCCAUGGAUCAGUUUAUUGAUGAUUUGAGCUAUUUGUACAUGGGAAUAUGGCAAAGAAUCUCGAAGACAAGUAGAUGGAUGCAUCUUUUCGAAAGCAGGUUCUUUGUUGCUCUUUUGAGACGAGAGAAUCUUAUCCCAGGGGAACCUGGAGACUAA